UCGAUCUGUCGUUGUCAAAUUUUAUGAACAAAACUAAUAACCUCAAAAAUGUUUAACACCUAAAAGAUAUUUUUAAAUAUAUUUAGUAUAACUGAAGUAGUAACUAAGAAAUGGCAAUCGCAGAAUAUAUAGCCUCGUUGUCACAAAACCCAUAUUUUGGCGCAGGAUUUGGGUUGUUUGGACUCGGUGCCGGUGCAGCAAUAUUGCGAAAGGGUGUACAAACAUCAAUUUUACUAUUUCGCAGGCAUUGUAUGAUCACCUUAGAAGUUCCGUGUAGAGAUAAGUCCUAUCAAUGGUUACUACAUUGGAUAACACAUAAAGGUGCCAGACAGACACAGCACUUGAGUGUAGAAACGUCAUUUCAUCAAAAGGACACUGGUCAAAUAAAAACCAAAUAUGAUUUUAUCCCUAGCGUCGGUCAACAUUUCUUUAGAUAUCGUGGUACAUGGAUCAAAGUAGACCGCACAAGAGAACAACAUACAUUAGAUCUUCACAUGGGGAUUCCUUGGGAAACAGUUACUUUAACGGCAUUUGGAAGGAACAAAGAGCUGUAUUAUAAUAUCUUAGAAGAUGCCAGAACCAUGGCAUUGAAGCAACAUGAGGGGAUGACAGUUAUGUAUACUGCAAUGGGGUCUGAAUGGCGACCAUUUGGUCAUCCGAGACGAAGAAGGCCCCUCCACAGUGUGGUACUCCGUGCAGGCCUUGCUGAAAGAAUCUUGGAUGAUUGUAUAGAUUUUAUUAACAGCCCUCAAUGGUACACAGAUAGAGGAAUACCAUAUAGAAGAGGUUAUUUGCUUCAUGGUCCUCCAGGAUGUGGAAAAUCUUCGUUUAUCAUGGCAUUAGCAGGAGAAUUAGAAUACAAUAUUUGUGUAUUGAAUUUAUCUGAAAGAGGACUCACAGAUGAUAGACUAAAUCACUUACUAAGUGUUGCACCACAACAAUCAAUUAUACUAUUGGAAGAUGUAGACGCUGCCUUUGUUUCACGCGAAGACACACCGACACAAAAAUCUGCCUAUGAAGGACUGAAUCGUGUUACCUUCAGUGGACUUUUGAACUGUCUUGAUGGCGUCGCUUCCACAGAAGCCAGAAUUGUUUUUAUGACUACAAACUAUUUAGAGAGAUUGGACCCAGCAUUGAUAAGGCCCGGAAGAGUAGAUAUGAAGGAGUUCGUGGGAUACUGUGAUCAGGCUCAAAUAGAACUUAUGUUUUUGAGAUUCUAUAAGGGAGAAAGAGCGCCGGAACAUGCUAGAUCAUUUGCGAUGAAUGUUCUCGAAAAGAAAAAAGUCGUGAGUCCAGCACAAAUCCAAGGGUAUUUCAUGUUCCACAAACAUUCUCCGCCGGAAAAGGUUUUAUUGGACGUCGAAUCCAUAUGGACACUAGGAUAGUUUUGUUCAUUUUGUCCGUCUGUUUAUGUAGUUGUAGGAAAUAAAGACCAUACAAACAA